AUGCCUCUGGUGCCCACGCUGCGCCUGUUCACGGCUCUGGGUCGGAUGCAGCGGAUGGGACAUGUCGCCGUGUCCGUGCGGCUGUCCUGGGGCGUGUUGAGACUGUAUCCCUUACUAAUUCAUGCCCUUUGUAUUUUUAAGGUCAACAGCGUCAACAGCGUCCAACAGGAAGAGGGUGAUCUUACAGAUGGAAGAAAUGGAGAGAGCCACCGGCCCCUACGGCGAUCCAAGAGAAGACGGAUUAUUACCACCCUGGAGCUGGACGAGGAAGAUCAAGGACCCUUUCCCAAACUUGUUGCGGAGCUGUUCAACGAUAUGUCAUACAUCAUGUCAUUACUGUAUUUAAUCAGUGGACCUGGUGUGGACGUGCACCCGGAGAUUGGUUUGUUCUCUAUAGAAGAUCACAGGAACAGAAAAGUGUACGUUCACCGCCCUGUCGACUGGGAGACUACGCCGUAUUUCAAGGUUUACUUUGACGUUGUGGAUCACCUUACAGGAAAGCUCUUGGAUAACUCCUUGGUUUUCAACAUUAGGAUCCGUGAUGUGAAUGAUCACGCAGCCCAGUUCUCUGAGAAGGAAUUCAACAUCAGUGUGAAGGAGAAUCACAUGGCAGGUCAACCUACCUUCAAGAUGUUAACAGUUGAUUCGGAUGAAGAAAAUACUCCCUCUCAAGUCCAUUACUUCCUUAUUUCUCAAACGCCGUCGCUGAAAGAAAGCAGCUUCCAGACUGACCCGAUUGGCAGAGAAAUGCAGCUGUCAGGGUGCUGAGAUUAUGAGACUGCUUCGCGGUUUACACUGCGUGUUGGAGCGAAGGAUUCGGGAGAACCUCCCUUGACGUCCACGGCCACGGUUCACGUGAACGUGCAAGAAGGCAGCAACCACCAGCCCACGUUCACCCGGGAGAACAUACGGAUUCAGAUUUCCGAAGGCCGCACAAGCCCGAGUGUGUUACGUCCCCCGGUCCGAGAUGGGGACUUGCUGUUUAUGUCAGCCUGGAGAGGAAGAUGUCACAUACUGAAUGGCAACGAAGAGGGACAUUUUGACAUUCUGACUGACCCCGAGAUCAAUGAAGGGAUCUUAAAUGUGAUCAAGCCCUUGGAUUAUGAAACACGCCCUGCACGAAGCCUCGUCAUCGCCGUGGAGAACGAGGAGCUGCUUUUCCCCCGCGAGGGGGCCGGGUCUGGGGGCCCGGGGUGGGGGGUGGCGGCCAGCACCACUGUGAGCAUGCAGGUGACGGACGCCAACGACCCGCCAGCCUUUCACCCCCGGAGCUUUGUCAUCGGUGAGGUCGAUGGCGCCGGGCCUGGAAUUCAGCGGGGAGUUUUCAAUGCUGCAGAUCCAGACAGGGCGUUGCAUGUGUUUCCUUCUUACGACCCAGCCAGUUGGGUGACCGUUGAUGAGCUCUCGGGAACAGUUACCACCACGCAGCAAAUCCACCGAGAACCCCCUAAUGUAAAUCACAGCUUUUACAUAAUCAUCGUGCAGGCUGUUGACGAUGGCCUCCCGCCGCAGACCGGGACGGGGACCCAGAUGCUUUUCCUGUCUGCCGUCUGCGACAACGGCCCCGCUCUCCAUCCCCAUUCCCGAUACGUGGAGGUCUGCGAGUCUGCGCUGAGUGAGACCCUCCUUCUCCAGGCCGAGGAAGCCGACCUGGAGCCCUAUGCCGACCCCUUUACGUUUGAAUUGGACAAUUCGUGGGAAAGAGCAGGAGACACAUGGAAGCUGGGGGAAAAUCGGGAGAGGAUAAAACUCAGCCAGCAGAUGGGCUGUGCACCAAAGACGACGCGCCCAGGGAAGCUCCCGCCCUCCUCCGGACACAAGGUGGUCAGUGGGUACCUGAAGGCUGUCAGGCCGCUCCUGCUGACGCUGACCUUGCCACGUGUCCUCACGGCAGCCCUGGGCUGGGGUCAGCCGGGCAACCAGAGGCAGGCACCGUGA